GAGUGAAUUCGGGUAAAAAGCCAAAGGCCACUUAUGUUCUUAGUAGGGAUCAAAGAAAAUCAACAUGUCAAUGGUUGAAUGAACUUAAAUUCCUUGAUGGAUUUGCCUCCAAUAUAUCUCGGUGUGUCAAUACACAAAAGGCACAAUUAUUUGGUAUGAAAAGUCACGACUGUCACAUGUUCAUGCAAAGCCUUAUACCAAUUGCAUUUCAUGAUUUAUUACCGAAACAAGUUUGGAAGCCACUUGUUGAGAUUAGUGAGUUAUUUAGGGCCUUGUGUGCUCCGGUGAUUCAGGUCAAUGACAUGGCAAUAUGGCAGGAGAGGAUAGUAGAAAUCAUUUGUAAGCUAGAGCGAAUCUUUCCACCUUCAUUCUUUGACAUUAUGGAGCAUCUUGCAAUCCACCUUCCAUACGAGGCUCGUGUAGGAGGACCAGUGCAAUUUCGAUGGAUGUAUCCAUUUGAGAGGCGAAUGCAUUGUCUUAAGUUGACAAUGAAAAACAAAGCGCGUCCUGAAGCAUCAAUAUGUGAAAGUUACACAAUGUCUGAGAUCACAAAUUUUAUCUCUCAUUACUUUGAUGAUGGAGUACAUAGUAUAGUUGAUAAUCCCCCUAGGAGUAUUGUUGUUGGAUUUGGUGAUAAUAGUGGCCUAUCCAUUUUUAAAUAUGUUGGAAAACGUAUUGGUUCCAAAAUUGGAAGACGUUGCUUGACGGUAGAGGAACAGAAAGCUGCUUCGUAUUAUGUGUUAAUGAAUUGCGAAGAAUUACGAAGAAUUGCGAAGAAUUGCGAGAAUGGGUCAGAAAUAAUUCAAAUUGAGUAUUAUGGAUCGAUCCAUCAACAGACAAUUGUUUUAUUCAAAUGUGAUUGGUACGAGAUUCCUCCUGCUCAAGGGGCAAGGCAAGUUUAUUACACACCAUGCCCAUCUAUUAAUCAUGAAAGAAGGGGAUGGAUUGCUGCACUUAAAACUAAAGCUAGGAGUAUCAUUGAGGCUCUUGAGAAUAAAGAUGACCAAAAAGAAGGAUUGAUACCAUAUUUCCAAGAUGAUGAGCCUCCUAUUCCUCAACAAAUAAAUAUUGAUGACAUUGCUUAUGAACCUGUGCAAUAUUUUGAUGGGAGGUUUAUUGAAAUACAUGAAGAAGUUGAUGCUGGGGAGGGGAUUGGGGAAGAGGAUGAAGAAAGAGAAUGGGAAGAUUUUGAGACAUCAGAAGAAGAAAACAUAGAAACAUAUGUUGAGGAGAAUGAUAGUAGUGAUGAUUCUCGCUGCACGGAGGCUGUUGAAUCCACCCAACCGUUGCAACAGCCAAAUCCAUUUGACCCCCAGAGACGAGGUCAGAAGGAGGUUCCUACUGAUGUGGUUAUGGAGACUCCAGCUUCAAAUGUUGAUAUACAGGCCAAGUCUCCCAAUGAUGAGGAUACACUUGUGGCUACCCCCCAACAGAGACAAGGACGGGGGCAAGCUAAGCCUGUGCAGAUGCCUACAAAUGGGACGAAGAUCCCAUUAGAGCUAGAUGAGUAUAGAGUUUGCCACAACAUGUCAGACGACAGAUUGUGGUCCAGUUGCGGGAGAAUCUCCCAAAUGCUUACACAUCGUGGGUACAGCAUAACAGAAAAGAUGAAGUUCAAGCAUGUACUUAGUGAGUUGAAAGCUAAGUGUGCAAGGAGAAACUUUCUAGUUAAGCCUCCAGAUAUGAAUCCAGAGUUAUGGGCGAGGCUUGUUUAUUUAUGGACUGAGGACGAGAGUCAUUUGAGAAGGUCAAGUUCUGCAAAGGCUAAUCGAGCAAAAGGACCGAGAGUGACGCAUACUAGCGAUUCAAUGGAUGUUAAUGUUUAUAGAAAGAAAAUGAAAAUGCAACAAGCAAACCCCGAGGGUCAUCUACUGACAUUUCCUGAGGUCUACACCAAUAGAAGGCAGCACAAAGGAAAAGGAGAAGACCAACUGCCUAUAUAUUAUAAUGAUGAGGCUCAAGAAAUGGGAGCAAGAGGAAGAAGGAUUGACCCUACAAUAGCUCAUGGUGAGUUAUUACUUAGGGCAACUGGUGGGGUUAAGAAAGGAUGGCUGAAAGGUUUGGAUAUUCACACACAUCCACAGGAUAUAGGUAUGAGAACAUCUAGAUGGGAACCAUUCAGGCCACCCAUCAUAAGACAAUCUAAUAGGGUUAUCGAAUUAGAACAGAUUGUUGAAUCAUUGAAGGCAGAUAAUAAUAGCCUUCGACAAUCACAGAUGAACCUUAUGGCAGAUAAUGAGAGCCUACGACAGCAACAGAUGACCCUUGCUACACAGAUGCAGCAACUCUACCAGCAUUUAGGGAUGACCCCAGUGGUUACUAGUGGGACAGUCACCCAAGACACCCCGAAAUAUUUAGUCAAGGUUUUACAACGAUUUUAUCCCGCAUCAUCGUCAAAUAAUUUCAUGGAGGGAAUCGAUGGUUUAGGGGUUCUAGGAGACUGUAGUGUUGAUGUUCACGCAAUUGGUUUUCGUAAGAACGGAUUUGGGACAAGGGAAGAUGAUAAUUUCAAGCAAGGAAUUGAUGGUUCCGGGGUUCCAAGAGACUAUAGUGUUGAUGUUCACGUAAUUGGCUUUCUUAAGAACGGAUUUGAGGCACGGGAAGAUGGUGAUGUCCUUAAAUGAAAGAAUAAAAUGCUGCACAGGGAGAAGUUUCUGGAUUUUUUUGCAAUAUAUUCAGCUCAACAACGGUCUGAAUAAAUGUGAGUGGCAUAU